AUGUCAAGACCGUCAUUUCCUCCGUCAGCUGGCAAUGGCGACACACCGAAUUUCUCUCUGGCUGGCAUCGUCAAACACGCGUGCUCCCUCGGUCUUGUCGCAUCUCCAUCGAGGGAGAGGACGAUUAUGCUCAUGCAUCUGAAGGAGAUAGCAUCUGUGCUGAUAGCAUUCGAUCGUCACAAAGAAUGGCAGAUCAGAGAACUCAAAAUCAGGCCUCCGAGUGGCUCCAUGCUGCUGUACAGUCGGAACAAGGUGAGGUACCGCAAGGACGGCUACUGCUGGAAGAAGCGGCGCGAUGGCAAGACCAUCAGGGAGGAUCACAUGAAGCUCAAAGUGCAGGGGGUGGAGUGUAUCUAUGGCUCAUAUGUGCACUCGGCGAUCCUCCCUACUUUCCAUAGACGCUGUUAUUGGUUGCUCCAGAAUCCUGACAUCGUUCUUGUCCACUACCUGAAUGUCCCCUACCCUGACAACACCAAACUGAGCAUUCCUGUUUUAUCUUACGACAUGGAGAAGAAAGAAUGGACCAAGGAGGAACUUGUUGAUCAGCUCAGGCCGAUGUUGGCGUGUGGCAGGAGAGUGGAUCUUGGUCCUGAGCAAGAACACAUGGUUGAAGAAACAAUUGAAGACUUUGUUCAACAGUUGAUUAACCUUCGGCAGGACAAAUCAGGAAAAGCCAAACCCCACAAAUGCACUCCUUCCUGUGACAAAAACUUUCCUCAUUCCAAAUGCACCAAGGACUCAUCACCUCCUAACACAGCCAGCCUGGCACACAAUCGCCUAGUGUCCAUGUUGCAGCGCCACACCCAACGCAGCGCCACCCAGUCGGUAGCCCCGCCCACUCCCGAGCUUCACACCAGCCAGGUGGUGAUCACGCCCACUACGGCCCCCUCGUCCAACUCCACUCAAGACUUGAACCACACAGCUGCAGCUCCUGCUCCUCUCAUUCUAAACCUAGCAAGUCUCCACGGCAGUAACGGUCUGAUCUUUGUCAGCGGACAUAACACAUCACCCAUCUCCAUCAUCAACAACUCUCUCACCACGCCCAUUCACACCAUCACCGCGGCAACCCUGGACACGCAGGGCCGUUUCCCUCAGCCUCAGAUACUCCAAACCAUUCCCCAAGUGCUUGCUGGUGUCAAGCAGGAUGAUAAAUUGUCACAACAUAUUCACAAUCUCCAUGCGCAUGACUCGAACAGAAAGUCUCCCGUUCCGAUGAAUAUUGCAAGUGAUGCUUUGUUGGAGCUGGCAGGCACCCAGCAGGAUUCGAAGGAUCUUUUUCUCGAUCAAAUGUCAGCUACAAUCUCAGAUACUCAGCGAAAUCUCCACAAUACAUUAGACUCGCUCAUUCGCGGGGACUGCUCGCACACUGUGGGAACACUAGUGAAAGAUAAUUCGGGGACUGAUAAUUGUGAUACUCUUGAUGGCAGCUUUUCCUCAUUUCCCAGUACUGAUCUCAAUCUUGAUUAUCUUCUCGACUUGCCCGAACUUUAUGACUGUCCUGAUUUGCCCGACACAAAUGCAAGUCUCGGGACGUCAAGUGGCGGAAUGCCGACUUCUGUCCCGCUCAUCAAUUGUGCUAACUGCCUCAGCAACCAACAAGCUCAACAAUCACAGCAGCAACGGGCAGAGUCGCAUCAAUCUUCAACAUCGACGUCUGCUACGUCAGACACGCAGACAGCAGACAACACUCACUCACAGACUGACACAGACAGCAGCUUCUCUCAGGGCGUCAUCACAGACUUCUCCCCUGACUGGUGCUACACAGAUGGUGGCACAAAGAUCCUGGUGACAGGCCCAUGGUUCUCCACGUCCACGUCCUACUCUGUUGUGUUCAACAGUAAGACGGUGCCUGCUACACUUGUACAGGCAGGGGUUCUCCGGUGCUUCACUCCAGCACAUGACGCCGGCCUGGUGACGCUGCAGCCUGGUAACGAUGGGUUUGUCAUCUCCAACAGUGAGGUGUUCGAGUACAAGGCUCGGGAGAAGCACAGCACGCAGUCAGCUCACAACGAAUGGUUCUCAAUGGAUUCGACGGAGAUGAAACUGCUGCUGGUGGAGAGGUUGGAACAACUGGAGAAGAGGCUCAUGCCAGCUGACAAGAACACAACUUUCCUUGACAAGCAGCAUGCCCUGAAUGUUGACCAUGAGAACACCGAGUGUCGUCUUGUGCAGUAUGUGGAGCACCUGGCUGGUCGACCCUGGCAGAAACUGGAGACUUACCCCAAGGCUGGCCAUGGUGGACUGACUUUACUUCAUCUUGCGGCGGCCCUUGGCUACGCCAAACUCAUCAGCUCACUUGUUAGGUGGAGAUCUGACAUCUCUAAUUUAGUUUUAGAAUAUGAAGUUGAUGCUCACAGUGUGGACAACCAUGCCUGUACACCAUUGAUGUGGGCAUGUGCAAGAGGAAAUAUUGAUGCUUCACUGACGCUGUAUCAUAUCAACACGGGGCCACUCAGCAUCUGUAACAAGGAUGGACGUCUCCCGCUCACCGUUGCCCGAAGCAAGGGACAUCACAACCUUGCCAAUCAAAUCGAGCAGUUGGAGCAAGCUCGUCUGCAAGCCCCGCCCCCUUUCCCCCCAUGCACAUCCACAGCAUCAUUUGCUGGCGCAACUUCUUCUUUCACAACCUCGGACUCUAUCACUGCGUGUGACCUGUCACCAACUCCUUGCCAUAUAUUCCCCAGUUCUCACAAAAACAUUUGUGAUGAGAAGCAGGAAAACCUUCACAUCGACAUACCUCCUCCCCCUCCCUACCCAGGGGAUUCCAAGCUCGUCCGGCGACUCAGUGAACAAGUCAUUGGCACCUGUCAUCGCCAACUUAGCAAACGCUAUUCGGUGGAUAUAUUGCCGAGUGGGGCAACAAACGACCAGACCUCGCCCCAACAUGACGCUUUUCAGAAGCCAAUUCGGGAGGCCAAUUCUGAGCCACAUCUGUCAUUGGUUGGUGAUCAUCCAAUCAGUGCAGUGACGGACUCUGCCUUGCUACCAGUUGCUCAACGUGAUCUGGCAUCGCCAGAUAUUCUCAUGCAGACCGAGUCUUUGCUCAACACCAUAGCGACGGAGUCUGGGAAGGAGACGGAUGGUCUCCUCAUGCAGAUGGACACAGAUGAGGUAUCAUCGGUGCGGAGUGACAGCCCUUUCAUUGAUGUAGAAAAGAUCUCAUCUGACGAGGAGGCGGAACACAAGGCAGCUGUUGCUGCUGCUGCUGCUGCCGCCGCCGCUGCUGUAGCAUCUGGUGAAGGUGGGGAUCAUGAAGGCAAGAACCAAAUGGUAACCCUCGCCAACCAGAUCAUCGCAGCCAUGCCGGAGCGUAUCAAGCUGUCUCCUGCCAAGGAGGAAGAGUGUGGAGUGAGCAGUCGAGCUCGGAGUGAGUCCUACAGCUCGGCCCCGUCUCAAGGCUCACCUCCCACCUCAUCCUUUGGGGAUGAUUCUGGAAUCUCAACACCCAUGACAGAUAGUCUGGCCUUUGAUGAGUACAGGUACACAGACCUGGGCACCCCUGCCUCGUCCCUGAGCCCGGACUCUACCUGUCUGCCCAGCCCCUACAGCCCCUACAGUUCCUACAGUUUCACUCUGGACUCCCCGCCCCCCACCACUGCUGACUUCACCGAGUACUUCAACGCGCCAGCCACGUACAUGGAGAAGGACUUUUCCCAACUCACACUCUCAGAUCAGGAACAGAGAAAGCUGUACGAGGCUGCCAAGGUGAUCCAGAAUGCGUAUCGGCUGUAUCGGGAUAAACAACAACUGCAGCAGCAGCGACAGAAGGAGAUAGAAGCCGCCAUCUUGAUCCAGAGCUACUAUCGGCGAUACAAACAGUAUGCAUACUUCAAGAAGAUGACCCAGGCAGCAGUGUUGAUCCAGAAUCAGUUCCGGAGUUACUACGCACAGAAACGUCUCAAGAAGAACCGAGACCCUGCGGCUGGCCUGCAGCGACAAGGACCGGAGAGACUGAAGAAGGGCCGCAACCAGUCCGUGAUCAUCCAGCAGAGAUACAGGUCUCACUAUCAGAGGAAGACGGAGAAGGAGGGUCGACAGUUGUCCGCUGAUGCAGCAGAUAGCUCCCCACCCCCCGAGCAAAGCAGCACAUCCAGAGACGGAACCCCACCAGUCGAUGCUGAGCCAGAUAUCCCCUACCCAGAAGAAGAGGAUGGGUGAGCCACCGUCAGGGACAGACACGCCCACCCACUGCUGGAUCCGUGACUGGGCAUGGCUGUUCAUCUUGGUGACACCCUCGGGAGGACAACCUCUGUCUGAACCACAAUGCCCAUGUCACGCUGUGUUCAACUGCUUAGGUAGCAAUGGCCUCCGGAGGACUUGUGAAGGAACAAGCUGUCGUUGUUGUCAGGUUGAGCUGUGUCGUUCUUUGACAUGCCUCGUCAGUAUGGGUUGGGACGUGAUGUAAAAGGGUGUGUAGCCUAUGUAUGUGUGACACCGGCGUUGUGAACAAGCUGUGGAAAUAGGCUUGCUGUGAAAUACCCACAGUUUCAACCCUUUGCUGUUUCAAGUUUGUCAUGGCUCGUCGUGGACUUUCAGGUUUGAUUCGUGACAAAUAGCUGCCAACUGUCCCAUUUUUUUAAUGUUUUUGUUACGAAUUUGCAACUUUUGUCCUUAAUUCCUGUUAAGAAUAUGCCAAUCUACAUAAAAAUAUCACAAGGUUUCAAUUUUCAUAGACACUGAUAAAGAGAGGGUCAUUAUUUAGCCUUACACCGUCAGCUAUAAAUGCUUCAUGUUUAUCGACUGGUAUAUCAUCAUAUUUAUAGGGUUGCAUUUGUUCAAUUGAGACACUCCACAGUAUUAU